AAAAGCCAACUUUGACAUUUCGCUCAAAUCAAUGCAUUCAUUGAUCUGAAAAUAAGACUUCUUUUGAAAAAUAAUGGCAAAACAACAAGGCAAAAUAUAUUUGGGCUAUGAAGAUGAAACAAUUGGUGACAAAAAUCAAACCCUAUUGAAUUAUACAGUGAAUAAAAUCGGAGGACUGCCCGACUGGCCACCUCUCGAAAAUCUACAAAUUUCAACGAAAUGUCCUCUUUGUGGUCUACAUAGACUUCUUGUAAUACAAUGUUAUGCACCACUUGAGAAUUCUAUUUAUCAUCGCACUCUGUAUGUUUUUGCGUGUAUAAAUCCUAAUUGUUGGAUUCAGUCUGAAAGUUGGUUAUGUGUAAGAAGCCAGUGCCAAGAUAAUUCCUCAAAGGAAUCGAGAGCUAUUGUUACCCUCCCUACUCCGGAUACUACAUUGUCAUGGUGCCAGGGUGCUGAUGAAUGGGAUGAGAAUGACAAUGCUAAUGGUAAUUUCAUGAAUGUUGACAAUGCUCCUAGUCCCAACAAUGCUGUGCAGAGAAAUUCUGAUGAAGAUGAAGAAAGCAAUUCAUAUGAAUUGGAAAAUGUGGAACAAGCUUUUGGAAAUCUCCAAGUAUUUGAUGCUCACAAUGCGAACAUGUCACCUAUACAAGGAGCUAUGGGUGCUAUUGGAGCUCCAGCAGCUGCAGCAGAGUUAGAGGGAGGUGAUGAACCGGGAUUGGUUACUGUUGACACCCCUACAGCUCCUACCAAUGACAUUGAGGCCUUACUGCAACAAACUGCAGAACUACCUCCUGACUUGAGAAGUCGACUGAUGUGUGGACCAGUACAAUUUGUGCCGAAAUAUAUUUAUGUUGAAGAAGAGUGGAGGAAAUCAAUGGGCAAUGAUGAUAGAGCUAAUGAAUUGUUAAAUAAGUAUAAAAUUGAAAAUGAAAUUGAAGUAUGUCCAGGUGUGGACCGUGUUGUGGGUGGUUCUGAUGAAGAACCUUAUGAAGAAGCAGCACCACUACAUGGUGACAGAUUGUUCCAUGCCUUCAUAACAAGAUUACGCAAUCAUCCAGGACAAAUACUUAGGUAUUCUAGGGAAGAACCUCCUAUCUUAGGUGCUCCAUUGCCAAGUACUGCAAGCACCCCAGAUACUCCGAAUAUGCCAACUAUUUGUUCACGCUGUGGAGCUAGGCUCACCUGUGAGCUACAACUUGUGCCUGAGUUUGCUGAAACACUCCGCUUGCAACCUACCAACUUGUCUCUAGCACACCUACAUUUUCUGUCUGUAUUGAUAUUUACUUGCUCACAAAGUUGUUGGCAAUCAUCCGACACUCUGGUAAAAGAAUUUGUCGUAUUUCAACCUGAGGUUGUUUAAAAUAAGCAUUUGUUUAUCUCGUUAUUUUUUGCUCUUGUGAACUUCUUAAAGUUAAGUUUAAUAUUUGCAUUUACGAAAGGCGAAUUUGUUGUUAUGACAAACAAUAUGACAUGGUAGACACAAGGCUGGAUAAAGAAGACAGUGAAAGGCUUAGCAAUAACAUAAAUGUUUGCAAUAUGAUCACAAUUUUAUCCGUGACUUAUAUUUAUUAGUGUACUGUGAUCGUGAUUUUUCCACUAGAAUGUAAUUAUUGAUUUCAAUAUAUUAGAUGUUUAUGAAAGUCAAUAAUUGUUAUUUCUAAUAUUAUAUUUAUAGUGGACUUAUGUCUAAAGUAAGCUUAACUUCUUAUUUGCUGUAUAUUAUAAUACAUACAUUUACUCGAUAUUUUUUAUGCUAAUAUAAUAACGAACCUUUUGAUUAAUUUUGGAAUGUUGCCAUGUUUGCUAUAGUUUGAUUUUUCUAUGACAUAGGUAUUACACUUCAGGAAUUUGCAAGAAUUUAUACUAUCAUGUACUUCAUUUUGCAUUUUGAAUGCAUUGUUAUUGGAGCUUUCUCACAGUUUGUAGGAAAUCGAUGUCUAGUAUGGCAUUUUACAAUAAUUAUAGUGUGUAUAUUAAGUAAACAUCCUUAAAUGUCCAUUAAUAACUGCCAGGUAGAAUUAAGAUUAUUAAAAUAGAGUAAAAGUAAAGAAAGUAGGUAUGUGCUUUCAAUAGGUACCUAUUUAUUUUCAUUGGAAUUCUGUUUGUCAAUAACUAUAACCUAUCCAGUCAUCACAUCGUACCAACUCAAAAAGGCACGAAACUGCUUUAAAGUUUAAAUUAAGUAUAAUAUAAUAUUUAUAAAUAUUGAAUUGUUUAAAAAAUCUUUGAUAUUUAUAAAGUAUUUACUUAUUUCAUUGUUUUAUAAUAGUACCUAACUCAAAGAGUAUAAUGUGGGUACCUAACUAGGUAUGUACAUCUAUGAUUUAUGAAAUAAAUUAUAAUUUGCAAAAUAUGAAGGACUAACAACGUUAUUGGUAAAAAUUGUAAUAAUAUAG